AUGGUUCUGACAGAGACAUGGUUGACUGGCAAUGAGAGGGAUAGUCAUUCUCUUGCUAUUCUCAAGGAGACAUUGCCCCAUCUUGAUUUUCAUCAUAUUCCUCGUUACAGUGGGAGAGGUGGUGGAGUUGGUGUUCUCCUACACAAAGGAUAUCAUGUAUCUAGGAAUCCUCUUGAGUACUUUAAGUCCUUUGAAUACCUUGAUUUGAAUGUUUCAUCGUCAAAAUUUUGUUCUUUUCGGCUUAUUGCGCUGUACCGACCACCUGCUUCUAAAAAGAACAAGACUCCUCUGGGCACAUUCUUCAAGGAGUUCUCGUCUUUACUUGAGAUACUUCUCUCAUCACCUCAGAGACUUAUCAUUGCAGGAGACUUUAACAUCCACAUUGAGAAGUCGAACAGAGCAGAAGUGUUAAAUUUCUUGGAUAUCCUCCGAAUGUCUAAGUUAAGGAAUCACAUCACAUGCUCGACUCACAUGGCAGGUCAUACCUUAGACCUUGUCAUUUCAAGAGAUGAUGAUUCUUUGGUGUCCUCGGUUAAAUCGACGCAGAGCUUACCAUCAGACCAUUCUGCCAUUAUAUGCCGUCUGAAUACGCUUAAGCCUAACCCAGUCAAGAGACACAUCACAGCAAGGAAUCUGAAAGACAUCGAAAUGGACAAGUUCUGUCUUGACAUCACUUCCUCCAAUUUGUACAGUGAUGGUACACCGGUUUCUAACCCGGAACAGCUGAUGGAACUAUACGAUAAAGAGCUUCGGAGAAUCCUUGAUGACCAUGCACCAACAAAGGAAAAUGAUGUUAUAUUGAGACCCCAUGCACCUUGGUAUACAAAGAGCCUCCGCCGGGCGAAGCAGGAACGACGAAGGAAGGAGCGUCGUGCUGAUAAAACGAAACUGACUGUUGACAAGGAGAGCUACCUGGAUAGUUGUAAGUCAUACAACGAGCAACUUCUGCAAGCAAAGUCCAGUUAUUUCCUUGAAAAGGUGCGUGCUUCUGACAGUCGUGCUCUUUUUCGUCUGACUAACAGCCUUUCUAUACCAACACAGCUGAUGGUUCUUCCUGAACAUGACUCUGACCUACAACUCGCAACGUCAUUUGGUGACUUCUUUGAAACGAAAAUCAAGAAGUUGCGCGAUGAGUUGAACUGUUGUCCCAACCAAGACAUGUCUGUACAAGUUCCUGACACGUGUGAUGCCUCUUUAGCAGAAUUCGAUGAUGUCACAGAAGAUGAAGUGCUGAAGACAAUCAAAGCAGCCUGCAAUUCUACCUGCAAUCUGGACCCAAUUCCAACAUCUUUGCUAAAGAAAUGCACGCCAACAUUGCUUCCUAUCCUCACUGAUGUCGUCAACAGUAGUCUUCAAGCAGGCGUGGUACCAGAAACAAUGAAGCAGGCAAUUGUGUCACCAAGGAUCAAGAAGGACAACCUUCCUCGAAAUGAACUCAAGAGCUACCGACCCAUAUCGAACUUGAGUUUUGCGGCAAAACUGGUUGAGAGAACAGUUGCUUGUCAGGUCAAUGAUUAUUUGGCAACUAAUAAUCUUUUGCCAGAUGUCCAGUCGGCAUAUAGGGCCCAUCAUUCGGUUUAA